CCACCACCACCUCUAGGUCCAUAUUGGGAUUUAACUCCCCGCGCAGUGAGCUCCGCGAGGCGCCUCCGGUGAAACAUGCUCUCCCCGGGACUCUGCGUGUCCCUGCUGGCCGCGUCCUGCGCCCUGUGGCCGGCGGCGGCGGUCCGGGCGGCGUCCUGCGAGUCGGUGCGGAUCCCGCUGUGCGCGUCCAUGCCGUGGAACAUGACCAAGAUGCCCAACCACCUCCACCACAGCACGCAGGACAACGCGGUGCUGGCCAUCGAGCAGUACGAGGGGCUGCUGGGAACCGCUUGCAGUCCGGACUUGCUCUUCUUCCUGUGUGCCAUGUACGCCCCCAUCUGCACCAUCGACUUCCAGCACGAGCCCAUCAAGCCCUGCAAGGCGGUGUGCGAGCGGGCGAAGCAGGGCUGCGAGCCGGUGAUGAAGCGCUACAACCACAGCUGGCCGGACAGCCUGGCCUGCAGCGAGCUGCCGCUGUACGACCGCGGCGUCUGCAUAUCGCCCGAGGCCAUCGUGAAGGCCGAGGGACCAGAUCAAUAUCACCAGGACCCAGCCAGGUGUAACCCAGAAUCCAGUCCAGACUUUCCCAUGGACUCCAACAACCUACACUGCAGAGGACCAAGCGGAGAUCGCUGCAAGUGUAAGACAGUCAAGAUGGGUUUCAAAAACUACCAGAAGAACAACUACAACUAUGUGAUCAGAGCCAGGGUGAGGGAGGUGAGGAACCGCGGCCUGGAGCCCACAGCGGUGGUGGAGGUGAAGGAGGUGCUCAAGUCCUCCCUGGUCAACAUUCCCAGGGAGACGCAGACGCUCUACUACUCCUCCUCCUGCUUGUGUCCUCCGCUGUCCCCCGGGGAGGAGUACCUCAUCAUGGGCUACGAGAACGGCGAGACGUCCAGGUUGCUCCUGAUCGACAGCUCCAUUGUCCAAAAGUGGAACGAUAAAAUGAGCAGGAAGAUCAAGAGAUGGAAUCAGACCCUGCUGGGGAAAGGCCGAGCAGCUCAGCGCCGGAGUCGCCACUGAGAUCUGGCUGCGUGUUUGUCUGUUCGUCCGUGUGUGUGUGUGUGUGUGUUUGUGUGUUUGUGUGUGUGUGUGUUUGUGUGUUUGUGUGUGAGACUGCGCGUGUGUAUGCGUGUGUAGACAUUGCACUAUCACAGGCUGUUGUAGCUGAAUGUAGUUCAUUUUCUUUUUGCACAAACAUUAAUUAGCGUGCGUUUAGCGUGUGAGUGUGUAUACGUAAAGCACUCAAAAAGACAGGGGAAGGGGCGGAGCUGCAGUACUAAACCCUACGCUAAGCCAUACAUUAUCUACAUGACACUUUUUGUGGCGGUGAUGUGGACUCCACUGCCCCUCCUUGGUCACAGUGUUUAGAUGUUGGGGCGUGUUGCCGUGGCGAUGUGACGGAGGACAUUAAAAGCCAUUUGGACUUGGCCUUUUUGGACUAUGAUGGACCUGUAGCCAUGACCUUAACGUUAGCCAAGUAUAAUAUUCAAACUUUGUUCAGACAUCAACAAGAGCGACAGGAACCACGGCAACAAGGACCAACGGCAACCACGGCAACCGGGAGCAAGCAACACGGGCAACUUGUGUCACAAAAAAAAAAAAAAUGUCUGCGUUUAAAAUGUUGUUGGAGAGGAAAUCUACACUCAGUGAUCACUUUAUUAGUUACACCCACACAAUAUAAUGUAACUAAAUGCAACAACUUCACACAACAUCACCACUAACUAUGAACUCAAAGCCAACACAUGAUUUAAUAUCCACACGAUAGUAUUAACAAUAACGGAGCGACAUAAUAAAAGUACCUUUGUUCUUCGUAAAGUGGUCACUGAGUGCAUUUACUGUAGGAAGAGUGUGUUCAUUUUUUAAAAAGCACGUGUUUCUGUAGCUGGUCACUUAAAGGUGGUGCAGCGGCGUAGUUUCACCAAAGUAAGACACUCAAAGUUGAUGAAAUCUGUAAAUGCAAAAUGCAAAAGCUAAGUCAACUUUAGCUGAGCUAAAUUUGGAAAUAACUGUAAGGUUUGUUGUGGUUUGUUUUACGUGGGGUUGUGUGCAUAAAUGGGUUUGUUUUUGGUGUCUCGUGACUGAAUAAAGCGAUAUAAUGGCUUCAUUUCCUCUUUGGAAAGUUCUGUGUGGCACAAUGCUUUAAUUUCAUUAAAGUGAUUAAUGAAAAAGGAGGGAAACAAAAUGUCAUGUUAUCUGAAAAAUGAAAAAUACAUUUUGUAAUUCCAAAAUAAAACUCACUAAUUAAAAUA